UAUGAGUUGGUUUAUAGAGGGGUGAAGAAGCAAUAUAUAGAGGCAUUCCAUGGUUGUGGUGCUUCCAUUGUAUCAUAUGAAAAUGAAAAUGUACGAUGUUUAUGUAAUCCUUUUGUUUUGUCAUCUGACAGUGUUGCAUCUCUCAGCUGGGAAUGCAAAUGAGCACACUUCUGAUUGUCCGGACUCAUUUGAUUGCGGAAGUUUGGGGAAUAUUUCCUUUCCCUUCACCACCUCUGAACACCCCAAUUGUGGUGCUUUGGCAAUCCAAGGCUGUAAUAAUCCUAACCAAACAGCACUGAAGCAAGUCCGGUUGAGCAGUGGAGGAAAACUUUUACAAGUUACAAACAUUGUUGGUGGUUGGAGAUGGAAAAUUUCCAUUAUAGACAAGGAUUACCGCAAUCUUCUUGAAAAUUCUAGUUGUAAUGCCUUGAGCUAUAAUAUCACCGUCCCUCCCUCCUCCCCUUUCGGUUGUUUUUACCUGGAAAACAAUAUAACCGCCCUCAAUUGCAGCCACCACAAAAACCUCAACCUUUCAAAUGAUUUCAUCAACUAUACUGGAUGUUCUCCCUUUGAUUUUUACUUCGCCCCUUCAUCCUCUGAUCAGAACUACCUACGCUCUUUAACCUCUUCAUGUUCAAUGGUUCAACUUCCCGUCAGACAAGAUUCCCAGUUCUUCAAAGACCCCUUUGGAUUUUUAAAUCCUCAAAUUACCUUUCAAUUCCAGUUUUCAAGUGCCUGUCGGCGGUGUCGGGAAAAAUGGGGCAAUUGCCGACUAGACAGCAACGCAAAAUUAUAUUGCGCCAUGAGGAAAAGUGGAGCUUGGAAUCGGAAGCUUCCGUUGAUGCUAGGAAUCGGUCUUGGACCAUGGGUGAUAUUUGGGUUGUUCUUCACGUUACGCUACUUCAAACAGAAGUAUGUUCAAUCGAGAAACACUUAUGGUGAUUCCUUCCAAAAUCCAGACACAGAGAGUGACAUGAUCUUCUUUGGGGUACCCAUCUUCUCCUAUAAGGAACUUCAAGAAGCAACUAACAAUUUUGACUCCACUAGAAAGCUCGGAGAUGGAGGCUUUGGCAUUGUUUACCACGGGACACUGAGAGAUGGAAGGGAAGUUGCAAUCAAACAUCUAUUUGAGCACAAUUACAAGAGAGUGGAACAGUUUAUGAAUGAAAUUGAGAUCCUUACUCGCUUGCGCCACAGAAAUCUUGUGUCCCUCUAUGGCUGCACUUCACGUCACGGCCAGGAGCUGUUGCUUGUGUAUGAAUACAUUCCAAAUGGCACAGUUGCUAGCCAUCUCCACGGUGAAUUAGCAAGAGUUGGUUUGCUGACAUGGCCUAUUCGAAUGCAAAUUGCCAUAGACACUGCUACUGCACUCUCCUAUCUCCAUUCUUCUAACAUCAUUCACCGUGAUGUGAAGACCAAUAACGUUCUACUUGACAUUAAUUUUUCCGUUAAGGUAGCAGAUUUUGGGCUUUCAAGAUUGUUCCCCAGUGAUGUAAGUCACGUGUCCACAGCUCCACAGGGAUCUCCGGGGUAUCUUGAUCCUGAAUAUUUUCAAUGUUACAGGCUCACAGAUAAGAGUGAUGUGUAUAGCUUUGGGGUUGUGCUAAUGGAACUAAUAUCAUCCAUGCCAGCAGUUGAUGCAGCCAGGGAAAGGGAUGAAGUUAACUUAGCAAUUUUUUUCAUGAAGAGGAUUCAAAAAGGAAAGCUUAGUGAUCUUGUAGACCAAUCCUUUGGGUUUGAGACAGACCAAGUAGUUAAAAGGAUGGUGACUUCAGUGGCAGAAUUGGCCUUCCGGUGUGUGCAGGGAGACAAUGAAUUAAGGCCUUCUAUGGACCAAGUUCUGGAAGCCCUCCAGAAAAUCCAAAAUGGGAAUUAUGAGUCUGAGAAUCCAGAGAAAGGAGAUCAUGCUGGUAAUGUUAUCUCGUCUAUCUCCAGGGAAGAAGUGCAACCACCACCUUCAGCUUCACGGAGUUCGGGUCAAAUUGAAAUUUUGAUGAGUAAUAAGCUUUCUUCGCCAAGGUCCUUCAUUGAGAAAUGGGAAAGGGAAUCUACCACUCCCAAUGUCAGUAGUUAACCACUUUCCGUCUAAUAAUAGCAACAGUUUUUCACGUUUUGGAAAAAAUUAAGAAUAUAUUACCGAGCCUUUUUUGUACUCUCGAUGCUCCUAGUUCCAUUACACUAAUGAUUGAUUCCGAAUUUCAAAGAGACAAGGACUGCGGAAAAAAAAGUAAAGAAAAAUCGAAGGGAGAAGAAAAAUUCUGUAAUCUACGUCACAUAAUUCGCUAUUUAUCAGUCAAAUCAAUGUAACUAUUUGUUAGUAACGCGCGUGACGUUGUACUGUAGUACAUUUGUUCUUUGUUUCUGUGGAGGGUACAUUUGUUCUUAA